GAGAGGCGCUGACUGUCCCAGCGGAAACACCAGUGGACUUAACUACCGGGCCUUGGGCUACCCACAGUGCUGUUAAACCGAGGAGAAGGAUGGGACUGCACAGCGUGGAGGAACUGGUGUCCGGCAAGAGGUCAGAGGGCAAAGAGACAGACGACUUCCAGGGGGGCGUGUACGAGGCGGCCGUCAAUCUAGAGAAGCAGGAUGCCCGGCGCUCCCACGAGGCGGACGCGGGCCUUUCAGAGGAGAACGACAGCGGCGGCGAGCAGGAGCAAGUCAGUGUGGCGGAUCUCCACACGGAUAAAAGCGGCCGCCUGAGGUUGGAGACGGUGGAUGACCUGUUCAACAUCCUGCAGCUGAGGAAGAGGAGGAGGGAGAGGAAGACGCCCGUCCAUAAGAAACAGCAGCCGGAGCCCGAGAGAGUGCCAGAGACUGUGGAUAUUCAGCUGUUUCUGACGGCGACCACGGAGAACAAACUGCCCGUGGUGGAGAAGUACCUGAAGGAUGGAGGGGACCCCAACGCAGCCGACCACUUCCAGAGAACAGCUCUGCACAAAGCCUCGUUCAUGGGACACGUGGAGGUCAUGAGAAGGCUCCUCGAAGCCGGCGCUUCCAUCGGGAAAAAAGACAAGCUGGAGGCCACAGCGGUUCACUGGGCCUGCAGAGGAGGCAGCCUCCCGGCCCUGCAGCUCCUCCUCGACCAGGGAGCCCAGUUCACCGACAGAGACAAGUUGCGCAGCACUCCCCUCCAUGUCGCCGUGCGGACGGGGCACUGCGAGUGCGCCGAGCACCUCAUCCACUGCGGCGCCGACGUCAACGCCAAGGACAGGGACGGAGACACGCCCAUGCACGACGCCGUGAGGAUAAACAGGUUCAAGAUGAUCAAGCUGCUGAUGAUGUACGGCGCCAGCCUCAAGAGCAAGAACUGUGAGGGGAAAACUCCGCUGGAGACGCUGAAUUCGUGGCAGAACGGAGCCAAGAGCCUCCUGUGCAACUUCAGCCCGUAGAACCCAACGCAUUCCACCACAAGCAGGGUGUCGACGGGAGACCCGCCGGGGGUCGAUUGGGUCAUUUAAUUUUUUCUUAGCCCACACCGGUCAUUUCCAGUCUGUGGUUCAAGAAGCACGUGUGUGUCUCUCACCCGGUUCGGCAUUUUGAAUGUUAAUGGCCGAGUUCUAUUUCUCACGCUACAUGUUUGAGCAUCUUACGGCCACAUGGGCAGCAGAACCCCGAAGGAGCCUUUGAUCAACAAUGUGAAGCCUAAUCAGGUGGUUUAUAAUGUGAUCCAUAGCAGCGAUAGAUGAACUGUUUGCCAAUAAUUGCUGGACAAUGUCUCGGCCGACAACUGGAAGAUGUGUCUUUCUUUUCUUCUUUUCUUCUAUUUUUAAUUUAAGCCGAGUUGAAGUGCAUCGAGAAAUCAUGUGUUUAUCGAUUCAUGAAACCUGUAACCAAUUGACCUAUAGGGUUUGAUUGAGUUAUAUCAAUGCCAUACACAUAAUAAGCAGGUGACUGGGUUGAUCUGUAGUGUUUGAGUUAGAUUUUAACCAAUUAUAUACACUUAAUUUAUUGAUUUUCAUUUACUCAAAUGGGAACCAUUUGUGGAUUGAACCAAGUGUAAAACUGAAGUUCAUUAUUUGUAUAAAAUGGCUGCGGCUCGGUGUAAAUCGUUUAAAGGGGAAAGGGAGGAAAUGAGCCUCACCUUGCUGGCAGGUAGUGUGUGUUACACUUAAACAUUCAGAAGAGUUUAACCAAGUUCUCUGGUAUUUAUGCAUUUUAAGAUUGAGAGGUGAGACGUGAUGAAGAAUUAGGAUGGAUCAGGAUGAGAGGAACCUCUCCACUUACUAUUGAUCAAUUGACGUAUGUGAUCAGCAGUUUUACCAGCCCAAAUACCUUUACUGUGUUUUUUGACCUACACACUUCUCAAUACAUUGAGUAUUUUGAGUCAUCUUAAUCGUAGCUUGAAGUUAGCUUAGUUACUUUAUUUCUCCCCGUGCAUCAAUUUGUUUCCUGCGCUCCUGACUUUUUGUCUGUCAGGAGUUUUAAUUUGAGCGUCUGGGGCCUAUUCGCCUUAUCAAAGGUCACCUCAGGGAUACACAAGCCUUAACUUGCCACAGCUGACAUCCCAGCUGUUGGCCCAUUUCGUCCCCCCCCCCCCACACACACACCCACAUACACUGUGCGAGAGGGACUGAGCUAAAAAGUCAAUGUUGGUUCAGCGGAUGUUUGACACGUGUUUAUGAGGAAAGAACAAGUCUUGCUAUUUGACUAGAAAUAAUGUUCAUGUUUUAUUGUUGUUUUAGAUGUACAUGCAUUUUGCCUUGUAUUUAUGAAUAA